GAAAAUCCUGGAGAAAUUCCUGUCACAGGAGGAAAAACAGCCAGGAUAAUCGUCUUUGUUUACACUACAUUGCGAGAAAAAUCUUUCCGGAUCAGUGAAAACAAAAAUUGCUGUUAAAAUAUCACGUCUACAACAACGAAGCAGUCCCCACAUUCCUUGGAAAAACUAUCGCACAAUGAACGCAAUACCGACCCACGCGGAUUUCCUGGAGUUGGGCACAAUCCAUCAGCACCAAUCCACCUGCAAACAGCACUGCUUUGUGUUCACCGAAAUAGCGGACAUCGAUUUGCCCCCGGAAAUCACCAAAUAUCCGGAGAAGAUUAAAAAUGGAAGUAUUCACUCGUACAAGAAGGACAGUAUGUCUCCACCGCCCCCGAAGGUUCCCAACAGGAGACGGUCGCGUAAGAUCAUCGGCAUCGUCUCAGCGCUGCUUGUUUGUAUCGCUCUUGGCGCUGGAAUACCGUUGGGUUUGCAGCUUCGAUCCUCCUCGCUGCUCGAGGCACGACUAGCAUUCAUCCGAAGACUUCUCGCCGAAUCACCCCUGGUGGAGGGCUAUUGGGCUCCGCAACUGGGAGCGAACUUCAGCAAAAGUUACGCCGAGGUUCGGAACAGUAUGGUGGGUGCGCUACUGUGGCCUAUAUCGGUUCCGUGUGCCGCACAGUAUCUCGAUGCGGUACAAUUAACUCUGGAGGGAAUUGACGAUGCUAGGAGGAUGAUCAAAAAGAAUCCGGAAAUGGUCAUAGUGGAAAGUGCUGAUGAGAUGGAACAUGCUCACACCGAUGGGAAACUUGCCAUUUUAUUCGGCCUGGAGGGUGGCCACACGCUCGGUUCGAGUUUAGCCGUUCUUCGAUCUAUGUACUCCCUGGGGGCUAGAUUUAUAUCGUUGACUGGGCUUGGCUGUACCACACCCUGGGCAAGUGCAUCUAUUAGGACGGACUUCUUCGAUGAGAAUCUUCCAUCAACUUUGACUAAUUUCGGAGAGGUUGUGAUCCAGGAGAUGAACAGGCUUGGAAUGUUGGUUGAAAUUUCUCGCCUCUCCGAACCUGCAAUGAUGGUGGCGUUGAAUACCGCGAAGGCCCCUUUGCUCUUCUCGAAUGCUCUCCCUUCUUCCAUGGCUUGCAAUGGUUCCACAGCGACUGUUCCUGAUCAUAUUCUGAGCGCCUUAUCUCAGAACGGAGGAGUUCUUAUGCUGAACGUCGAGCGCUGCGGUGAAAAACCGAUGUCAUUGAAGGAUGCCAUCACCGCGAUAAACUAUAUACGCGCCAUCGCCGGCGUUGACCACGUGGGGCUAAGCGGUUCGCCGAAAAAUUAUCCCCUUCUGUUGGCUGAACUGGCAAGAGAUCGACUCUGGGGCUCAACAGCGAUCAAGAAGCUGGUCGGUGGAAAUAUUGUUCGAGUCUUGAGAGAGGUGGAAGUAAGCAAGAAUAGGUUGCCACUUUCUGAAGACUGGAUUCCGGUGGAAGCCAUCGAGGGUAAUGCGUACUGUCGCUAUCCGGAAACUUAAGCAGAUGCUUUUUCUCAUUCGGAGUCAAACGAAGUAUUAGAAUUUUUCUUCCAAAAUAAUGAAAUAUUGACAAACUAUAUUGGAAUCUCGAACAGUGCUUAGAGAGAAUUAUUUAUUUAUUUAUACAUUUCCAACUAUUGAGUAUGCUCUAUCUUUAUCACAUGUUUAAAGUGACUUCCAUAGAGUGCAAUAUUUAAAUACAAAAAAUUACGAAUGGAGAGCAUAUCAUCUGCAUGAACAAGUUACCGUUUGUCUAAUUUUUUUUUUGUCUAAUUUGCACUAAUGCACUAAUUUUCCGGUUAAAUAUGUCGUUCUUCCUGGUGAUACAGAAAAUAUGCUUAAACGUUAUUGUUAUAUAGCGUAAUGGUCCCAUGGAGUCGUUUGCAACAUUAAACGAAAAUGCUGAUCAGUUCCAUGUACAUUAACAUUUAUAUUGUGUCCAGCGAGAAAUAAAAUGCAAAUAAAAAUAC